CUUCUACUUCUGUUACCUUUGUCUGAACAACGGACUCUGCUCUGUCGUGCUUCACGAACCAGGUGCUGACCUGAAUUGAAGCUUCAGGUAGUUCAGAAUCAGAGCUAGGGUUUCUUCUAACUGAAAAUCUCUGUUGUAGUAGGGUUUCGGUCUUGAUAACGAAACAGUUAUUUAGAGCUUUCUGAAAAUUCGAAUUUUGGCGGCUCUUAUUUAGUUCUGAAAUCCAUGGGAAUCGGAGCAUUUCUCAAUCCUUUCGGAAGCCACUUGAAGCAUUCCGUUCUCCAAGCAUAACCCUAAUCUUCGGUUUUGGGAGGUCAGUUUGAUAUGGAUAUCUUUUAUCUCACUUCCGUAGUGAAGGAAAUGGAAAAUGUUGCACAUGUUGCAGAGGGGAUAUGGGGGUUUAGGUUCUGAGAAUUAUCUCUGACCUGUCUCUUCGAGCUUGGAAGGUUUAGUUACCAAAUGGACUCUGAGAGCGGGGCUGUUUUGGAAAAUGGGAAUGGUAUUGUUGAGGAAAGUUCUCCCAUGGACAAUGGUGUUGUUGAGGAAACUUCUCCCAUGGAAAAUGUAGUUCUGAAUAUAAACAAGGAAAACGAGAACGCUGACAAUGAUGUAGAUAUGUCGCAAGUAAAUGGAGUUUCUGAAGAUGCAUCCCAAAUUGAAGGAAUUAACUCUUCUGGAGAGGAGGUCGAAAGCUCUAAGACUGUUUCAAUAACAAAAGGGUCGAAUACUUUAAAGAAACCUGGAUCUGGUCGUGACAAUGGCUUGAAGAACACUAAAACACCUAAGGAUCAAGCUAAUGGGAAAGUUCCAAUUUCAUUUUCUCGAACUCAGAGGCCAAGCAUGUCUCAAAGUCUUUCCUUCCCUUCAAGGGGGAUGCUUACCAUUGGUUUGAAGAAGAGCUUUGAUGUCAAGUCGGUGAAAUUGGAUUCUAAACACACCCGAGCAAAUGACACAGAAAGUGAGGCCUCAGUUUCGAAUGGACAUGCCACUUCAUCAACUUCUCGUGUAAAUAAUCUCAACAGGAAAGCCUCCAACGGGGUGAGUUCUGUGGAUGCUAAAUCAAAUGGUGGUGGGUUUUCUGCCCGACGGACCACUUUAACAUCUGCUUCUAGCAUCCGACGUUCUGUGGUUAGCAAAUCUGUUUCCUUAGAUGCAACUGGCAGUCGACCACAACCCAAAGAACACCCAUCAAAUGGUCAAGAUCUAAAGCUAAUGAAACAAGCAUUGCCUGUUAAACAUGAUGAGGAUGCACAAUCUACCACCUCAAGCACUACCCCUCGUGGGAUACGGAAAAGCACAGGGUCUGGAUUUGCCUUCAGACUGGACGAGCGAGCAGAAAAACGAAAAGAGUUCUUUUCAAAACUAGAAGAGAAGAUUCAUGCAAAGGAAUUGGAGAAAAACAACUUGCAGGAAAAAACAAAGGAGAGUCAGGAGGCAGAGAUCAAACAACUAAGAAAGAGUUUGACAUUUAAAGCUACACCAAUGCCAUGUUUCUAUAAAGAACCUCCUCCAAAGGUUGAGCUAAAGAAGAUACCAACCACACGUGCUGUAUCACCAAAGCUUGGAAGGCACAAAAGCUCUGCGGACAACCAUUCAGAAGGGUCUUGUCAAAGCCCACGUCCGGACCUGGAAGCCAAGAAGUCAGCCAGAGGAGCAACAAACACUACUGGAGAUUCCACUGGUUUGAAGAAGCCCGUUAGAAAGUCAAUCUCCAAGCUUUCAUCUUUGAAGUCCGCUGAUACAAAGACUGAAGUGAAGCCUCUCAAGUCAAAACCAAAGACCAUAGAGGCAGAACAUGACAGCCAGGAAGCUUGCAUAGGAGAAACUGAAGAAGAUCAAAACAAACCCAUUGAUUCUUCCCUCAGAAUUGAAGCUACAGCUGGGAAGGGGUCUAUUGAGAAUUCCGCAGAGAAUGAUGUGUCAAUGCUUUUACCUGAUUCUGGGAUUACUUCUGAUGAAGUUGUUAAAGGUUAAAUAUAUCAUUCUUCAUACUCUUGCUUCUUCAUUGUGCAGAUUGGAAGUUGAAGCUGUUGUGAAUAGAUAGGGUGAGUGAGUUUUUAUGCAGUUACUGCUUCCUGACAGAUUAAGGUAAAUGUAAUUGUGCUUGUAUUUUACUCUUUUCAGCAAGCAAUUAGCUGAUUUUAACGAUUGUUCACGAUUUUAUAGGCUUUCUGAUGAAAUUAACAAUCUUUUUCUCA